AUGGCUCCCAAGAACAAAGGGAAAAAAGCUAAGAAGGCCAACGACGACGAGUUUUGGGAUAAUGCUGGAGAAUCUGUGGCCAACAACAACGUUGAGCAACCAUCGAACAACGACCGACCCGUUGGAUUGGGAUCUGGGUUCUCCGCAUUUGCUGCCCUCCAGACAGAGGACGUAGGUGAAAUCGAGGAGGACGAGGAUUUCGGGGGAUUGAUGUCUGCAAUCAAAGCAAGCUCUAACAAGCCGAGAAAGGACAAGAAAAUAACUAAGAAGGACUACGUAUCUGCGGAACCCUCUGAUAACGAAGCAACAUCCAAACAAGCGACCGUCGUGACAGCGGAUGACUUCGUCGAUGAUGAAUGGGGACCUCUGAAAGACAAGGGUAAGAAGAUCAAGAAAGGGAAGAGCAAUCAGCAUAAGGCAGUAGAGGAAAACAUCGAAGACGUGGAAACUAAGCCAGAACCGGAACCUUCAGAGUCAAUUGCGGAACCCCAUGAUGAAGGCGUGGUGGACGAAAUUCCCGGUGAAAGUUUAGGCGAGGUCAAGAUUUUGUCAAAGAAGGAAAAGGAAAAGUUGAAGAAAGAACGGGAAAAGGCUGCACAAGCAGCUAAGAAGGUCAAUGUUACAGAGGCCGCUCUGCCAGAUACUCAAGAACCGUUGUUACCUUCUGAACCAAUACCGGAAGAAAACGAUAGAGAGGUGGACGAAGGUGGAAAAGCUGACUCGAAGAACAAGAAGAAAAAGAAAAAGACGAAGAAAGAUGAAGAACCGCCUCCUCCCCCUCCCCCAACGACGAAGAAGAAGGGCGGUAUCAGUGCACUCAAGGCAAUGAUGGAAGAAAAGAAAAGGUUAGAAGAGGAAGCCAGGCGGGCAGAGGAGGAGGAGCGGAGACGCAUCGAAGAGGAAGAACGAAAAGCGGAGGAGGAGGCGAAACGGAAGGAAGAGGAAAAACAGAGAAAGAAAGAGAAAGAGAAAGCGAAACGGGAACUUGCUAAGAAGGAAGGUCGUUUGCUUACCAAAAAACAAAAGGAAGAAAAGGCAGCGGCAGAGAUCAGAAAACAAGCACUUUUGGCCUCUGGUGUUCAGAUCGAAGGUCUGCAACAAUCAACAAAUAUGCCAACGAAGAAAGUUGUCUAUAGCAAUCGUAAAAAGAAGGGUCCCACUGCGAACGGCGCGUCUCCUGCUUCUUCAAGGCCAAGAACGCCUGAGUCUCCGGUCGUUCAAGAAGAGAAAGAGGAUUCAGUUCUUAACCUUGCCGAUGGAUCUCUGGCUCCUGCCAAUACACUGGAAGAAGCGGAAGAGGCAUCUGCGAAAGAUGAUUGGGACGCUAGUAGCGACGAAGAGACGAAACCGGCUUCGGAUGGUAAAAAAGAUUCCUGGGAUGCCUCCAGUGAUGGUGGGGCGGAGCUAAAGCCAACCCCGUCUUACUCAUCGACAGGAAAAUCUCCUUCGAAGUCUACACCCAACGAUCCAAGACAACUUGACGCUAAAGUUGCACCAGUUGCCUCUAAUGCAAAACCUCCAAGAAAUGCGGUUCCUGUAUCUAAGGCUGCGAAUUCGAAAACGAAAGCUUCAGAUGACGAGGAUUCAGCUGAGGAUUCGGAUUCGGAUGCAUCGUCAGAAGAGGAUUCUUCGGAAGAGGACUCGGAUUCGGACGAAGAGAGUUCCGAAGAUGAACUCUCUACGGCACAAAAAUUGGCAGCUCAAAGAAAGGUGGAGGCAGCGGCUCGACGUGCAAAGGCCCACGAAGCUGCACUCGCUGCCCGGAGUAAAGACGAUCUUCGAAGCCCUAUUUGCUGUAUACUGGGUCACGUCGACACCGGAAAGACCAAACUCCUUGAUAAAAUUCGGCAAACUAACGUUCAAGAAGGUGAAGCAGGUGGUAUCACACAACAGAUUGGGGCAACCUAUUUCCCUGUUGAUGCAAUUAUGACGAAAACUGCUGUUAUGAACAGGGAUGGCGGGCAGGAGUACAAAAUUCCUGGAUUGCUGGUCAUCGACACACCUGGACACGAAUCUUUCACGAACUUACGUUCACGUGGUAGUUCUCUCUGUAACAUCGCUAUCUUAGUGGUUGACAUAAUGCAUGGGCUCGAAGCUCAGACCCUCGAGUCAUUAAGACUCCUGCGUGACCGCAAAACCCCAUUCAUUGUCGCUUUAAACAAGAUCGAUCGUCUAUAUGGAUGGCAACCUACACCAGAUGGCGCUUUCCGGGAGUCGCUCGCGAAGCAAACCAGGGCCGUUCAACGAGAGUUUGAGGAUCGUGUUGCUAAAACCACUGUGGCAUUCGCCGAAGAGGGCCUUAACGCGGUUCUCUAUUACGACAAUAAGAACUUUGCUCGGAAUGUUUCCCUUGUCCCGACCUCUGCCAUCACAGGAGAGGGGGUGCCCGACAUGAUUAUGCUCCUUGUCAAUCUCACGCAGCAAAGGAUGAGUGACCGGUUGAUGUAUUUGUCGGAACUUGAAUGCACUGUACUUGAAGUCAAGGUUAUCGAAGGCCUUGGUACCACUAUCGAUGUUGUCCUUUCAAACGGUAUCCUGCGCGAAGGUGACAAGAUUGUGGUCUGUGGUCUUAAUGGACCAAUUGUUACUCAAGUCAGAGCUUUGCUCACCCCUCAACCCUUGCGCGAACUGCGAAUCAAGUCAGCAUAUGUUCACCACAAAGAAGUCAAAGCUGCAUUGGGUGUCAAAAUUACGGCUCCCGAUCUCGAGAAAGCUAUUGCUGGAUCCCGCCUCCUUGUUUGUGGGCCUGACGACGACGAGGAUGAUUUGAAGGAAGAAGUCAUGUCUGAUCUAGCUACUCUACUCAACAAUAUUGAUAAAUCUGGUCGUGGCGUUUGCGUACAAGCUUCCACCCUUGGUUCACUGGAGGCCCUUCUAGACUUUUUGAAGUCGAGCAAGAUUCCAGUCUCUGGUAUCAACAUUGGCCCCGUACAUAAGAAGGAUGUAAUGCGUUCUGCCACCAUGUUGGAAAAGGCGAGAGAACUGGCAUGCAUUCUCUGCUUUGAUGUUCCAGUAGAUAAGGACGCAGAGCGUAUGGCAGAAGAAAUGGGAAUCCGGCUUUUUAAAGCGGAUAUUAUUUACCAUCUAUUCGAUAAGUUCACGGCUUAUAACCAGGAGAUCACAGAGGCAAAACGCAGGGACGCAGCACCUCAAGCGAUCUGGCCUUGUCGACUAAAAAUUAUCGCUGCCUUUUGUAAACGAGAUCCCAUCAUUUUGGGAGUGGAUAUAUUGGACGGAACACUGAGAGUAGGCACUCCUAUCGCUGUCGUCAAGGUGGAUCCGACGACACAGAAGAAAGAAAUCAUAGAUCUGGGUAAAGUGACAUCCCUCGAAAUCAAUCACAAAUCGAUGGAUAUUGUCAAAAAGUCACAAGCCGGAGGUGGUGUCGCUGUCAAGAUUGAGCAUGCUGUGUACCAGUCGGCCAAGAUGUUCGGACGACAUUUUGAUGACAAGGAUGAACUUUUGAGUCAUAUCACCAGACAGAGUAUUGAUGUAUUGAAGUCAUCAUUUAGAACGGACGUGUCUAAUGAAGAAUGGUUGCUCAUCAAGGCGUUGAAGCCGCGCUUCAACAUCGAUUGA